AUGGACCUCAUUGACAGCGUUAGCCUUGACAACCUCUCGCAGGACGCCAUCGCCGCAUGUUCUAGUAGGGUCAUGAAGGAGGACAAGAACGAUAAUGAUGUCGGAGUCAUCUAUACGCAAUUGGCGAAAUACCUUCUUCAGCUUUUCGAGGUCAACUUUGACCGAACUGGCGGCCUAUCAUCGCCACAGGCCGAAGCCCAAGGUCCUACACCGCUACGACCGCUGACAUCCAAGGCACAUAGUACCCUACACCAUGGGGGUUUGAACACUCUCGGUGACCGAGCACACGGGUUUGCGAAGAGCCAUGACCCCUUAUGA